CCCAAUUUCAAGCUGAAGCACCCCAUAUUAAGCAUUUUUCGAGCAUCCAAAAGUGUUGCUUUAAAAUUGAACAAUUUCCCUUCAUUUUCCCAAAAUUGUUUUCAGCUCAGUGUGUGUGUGUGUCUUUAAAUGAAAAUACUCCACUUUGGGAGCUCACUUGACACAAUUACUACGAGCACAGAGCGACAGAUGCCAGAUAAAUGGGAUGUGAAAGCGUGCGUCGCGUGGCAAAAUUGAACUUUCUAUAUUUUGUAGGUAUAACAUUCUAUAAUAAAAACAGAAAAGCUUUAUUUUCCCUAAAAAUGUUUUUCCUUUUUAUUUGGAAAUAAUUUCAUGAACAACAAAACACAAAUAAAUUAAUUAUAUACCAUACAUAUGUAUACGAUUAUGUAAGUAUGUAUUGCAUAAUAUACAUAAUGGGAUAACGGUGAUAACAUAAUAUAGAAAAGUAAGACAAACACGACAUAGGAAAUAACAUAAAAAUAGACUUUUUUGUAAGAGAUCAACUUCAUUUUCGUAUCAUAAUCUUCCAUGCACUUUUAUAGCCUGAUAAGAAGAAUGAUUAGAUAAAUAAGACGACGAACAAUAGAAGUUGCUGAAGAUAGUUUCGAUUUUUUCUACACCACAGUCUUAUUUCAUUUUGAGAAGGAAAAACAAUUCAUUUUCUGCUCUAAGAGAUGCUUUCAAGUUCAAUAAAAUCCACCUUUAACUCCUUUAAACUCUUUAAGGGAUUUAAAGCAUUGCAGUGUAGUAGUUUUUUAAUUAGUAUCCGAAGGAAUCAUAAUGAAUCAGGCGGAUUGAGUUACUACCACAACUACGGAAAGUAUCCUCUUGCCUACCGUACAAUUGGUCAGGAGUUGGGUCGAAUUGCCAGUGAGUAUGGUGAUCGUGAAGCAUUUGUGGCAGUGCAGGAGCAGAAACGACUAACUUACGAUCAGCUGAGACUUGAAGCUGAUCGCUUAGCAGCUGGAUUCCGGAGUUUGGGACUUCAGAAGGGUGAUCGCGUUGGUCUCUGGGCACCGAAUGUUAUCUCCUGGCCUGUUGUCUUCUACGCCGCCGCCCGGGCUGGAUUGAUCUUUGUUGCUCUAAACCCCGCAUAUGAAGCUCCUGAGAUGGAGUACUGUCUACAGAAAGUUGGCGUAAAAGCUCUCGUAACGAGCGAAAGCUUCCGCAAUAAAUCCUACUACGAUGCUCUUCUGAAGAUUCUUCCUGAACUCCAAACUACAUCCCCGGGAAAACUUUCAUCCUGCAACAUUCCUUCCCUUUCACACGUAAUUGUGGAUUCUGAGAAAAAUUUUCCGGGAGUUUUCCGACUCAGCGAUGUUGCAUCGAUGCCAUCAAGUGAGCAAGUUCAGGAGAUAGCUGGCUUACAGGAUAAAAUUGAUCCUGAUAGUGGGUGCAACAUUAUGUUCACAUCAGGGACAACUGGAAAGCCAAAGGCAGCCCUUCUACGACACAUUGGGAUUGUCAACAACGCCAUUCAUCUUGGAGAUCAUUUAAAUGUGCGCGGCAAGAGGAUUUGCACUCAGGUACCAUUCUUCCAUAUUUACGGCGUUAGCAGUACUAUCAUGCUGGGGCUAUGCCAUGUUGCAACUGUUGUGAUCCCAUCUAUAACAUUCAAUGCAGAGCAAUCAUUACGAACUAUAAAAGAAGAGCGAUGUCGUGUUGUUAAUGGCACCCCAACUAUGCAUGUUGACUUGGUUAGAAUACAACGAGAACAACGUUUGGAUCUAGAUGUCGAUCUAGCAUUAACUGGUGGUGCAUUGUGUCCACCGCAGCUAAUGAAAUAUUUGAAAGAAGAUUUGGGAAUUAAGGAAGUUAAAAAUGUGUACGGAACAACAGAGAACUCUUCAGUUUCCUUUGGAAUUCAUUAUAGUGAUGAGAAUAAAGAGCUUGACAUUGCAGGUCAGUUACAGUAUCACCUAGAAGCUAAAGUAAUUGAUGCUGAAGGAAAUCUCGUUCCUUUCGGGACUCCUGGUGAGCUUUGCGUUAGAGGCUACUUCACCAUGCUCGGUUACUGGGAAGACGAAGCAAAGACUAAGGAAGUUCUAGGAAGGGAUGGAUGGUUAAGAACUGGCGAUCAGUUUAUUCUUUAUCCAGAUGGAUAUGGUCAAGUUGUUGGAAGACUCAAGGAUAUGAUUAAUCGGGGAGGAGAGAAUAUUUUUCCGAAAGAAGUUGAAAACAUCCUUGUAACAUGUCCUCAGAUUGCAGAGGCCUACGUUGUGGGUGUUCCUGAUGAGAGGCUAGGAGAAGAGCUGUGUGCCUUCGUUCGACUCCGAGAUGGUGUUCAGACGUUGUCUCUGGAGGAAGUUAAGGAAUUCUGUCAUGGGAAGAUUUCUUAUUUUAAAAUUCCACGCUACCUUCGGAUUGUGGAUGACUUCCCAAAAACCCUCUCUGGAAAAAUUCAAAAAUUCAAACUUCAAGAACAGUUCAGAUUAACAAAUGAGGAUAAAUAAAUAAAAAUAAUAAAAAAAUAUUUUUCUUU